AUGUUCGCGAAGAAACGCUCCCAGCACGGCGGCGUCGUUUCAUCGAUGCCGAGCUCGAACGCGAAGAAGCUAUUGAGACUGCCGCACGUGUUCGCGAAAAUACUAGAGCUUCCUUUUCCCUCAGACGACGACGUUUUGGUGGAGGAAACGCCGCAGUUUUUUCGCUUCGUGGCGUCGUGCAACGCCGGUGGUGUGCGAGCUCUGGCCAUCGAGAUUCUUCCGGGGAUAACAAAAAUCGUCAUCAAGAGAAUGGACGGUGGUGACGUGGCGGUGGCGGGUCGGCAUCAGCAGGUUCCUUCAGGAUUUGGUCUGUGGCGGUUCCGCCUUCCGCCGGGGACGCAGCCGGAGAUGGUCACCGCCGUGAGCAUCGGCGGGAAGCUGGUGGUGACGGUGCCCAAGAUCAAGAGCAGAGCAAACUGA